UUGCUUCUGGCAACCCUGCAGAAAAAACGUGUGUUUUGAUCUGCGGCGUGUUUUUAAAAUUUAAACACGCAAAACAAUAUAUACCUCAAGAAGGAGACUCUGACCUAGACACAGACUACCUUCCAACACAAUGAGACGUCCUAAGAAGUACGAGUCAGGUGAGGCCACUCAGUAUAUCAGCCGUCGUGCUGCCUUGCGUCGCCUUCAGUUGUCGCUCAAUGAUUUCCGUCGCCUGUGCAUUUUAAAGGGAGUGUAUCCCCGUGAGCCUAAGCAUAGGCGUCGUGCACAGAAAGGCUCCUCGGAAAUUAAAAUCCUUUACCAUGCCAAGGACAUACGUUUCUUGCUGCACGAAUCCAUUGUGUGGACUCUGCGUGACUAUAAGAUCUUUGCCAAGAAAAGUGGACGCGAUCGGGCUAUCAAGGAUUUCCGCAAUCUAAAGCGACGCCUUGCAUUAUUCCCUGAAAUUAAACUGGAUCACAUAGUUAAGGAGCGUUAUCCCACAUUCAUUGAUGCUCUAAAGGAUCUGGAUGAUUGUCUGACCUUGCUGUUUUUGUUCAGCACUUUUCCAUCUUUGCAUUUGAUUCCACGCGAACAAUCGGCUCUCUGUCGUCGUUUGACCAUAGAGUUUCUUCACUAUGUCAUCGCCUCGAAGUCACUGAGAAAGGUUUUCAUUUCGAUCAAGGGCUACUAUUUCCAGGCUGAGAUCAAGGGCCAGAAAGUUACCUGGAUAGUGCCACAUUAUUAUCCAUUUAAGCCGCAAUCCCGCCAGGAUGUCGACUUUAAGGUCAUGUCCAUUUUCGUUGAGUUCUAUACUAUUAUGUUGGGUUUUGUCAAUUUCCGUUUGUUCCAUGGCCUCAAUUUGGCCUAUCCACCACAAUUCCCAAGCAGUGUGCUACAAGAUAACUCAGAGACCCUGCAAGAUGAGUCUAGCUUUGUAUCUGAUCGCAUAGCUGCUUUGAAUUUUGAACUUCUGCGCACCGACAAAUUGAUGGAAGAUGAGGAGGAGUUGGAUAUUGAUAUGGAAUUACUUGAACAGGAUGGUGAUUCUAAGCGAAUCAUCAAAAUGAAACAGGAAGCUCAGGAGGUGGCUCGUUUACGCACACUUUUUAAGGGUCUGAAGUUCUUCAUCAAUCGGGAAGUUCCCCGUGAACCCUUAAUCAUUCUUAUACGCUCAUUUGGAGGUAAAGUCUCGUGGGAUGCUUCCGUCUUUGCUGGUGCCACCUUUGACGAGAGCGAUGAGACAAUCACCCAUCAAAUUGUGGACAGACCCAGUCUAUCGACACAAUAUAUUUCGCGGGAUUAUAUCCAGCCGCAAUGGGUAUUUGAUUGCAUCAAUCAGCGUCAAUUGUUGCCCACAAAUAAAUAUUUUAUGGGUGAGCAACUGCCGCCACAUUUAUCACCAUUUGUGGACUCCAAACGAGAGACGUAUAUACCACCCGAAGAAAAGGCUCUGCACGAUCCCUCUCUGAUUGAAACUCAUGUGCAAAGUGAUGAUGAUGAUGAUGAUUCAGAUGCUGAGGCGGAUAACCAGGAGGAGGAAGAGAUUGAACAGCAGUUGUUGGAUGCUCAAUUGCAGCGUGCCUACCAACAGGAGACAGCAGAAUAUAAAAAAUAUGGCGGUACUGAUGGCGUCAACGAAGAUGAAGAAGAUUCUGUUGAUGAUGACGACGAAGAGGAUGAAGAAGAAGAGGAGGAGGAGGACGUCGAGCAGUUGGAUGACAAAACCAAGCGCUUACUGGAAGAGAAACAAAAAAUGAAAGUCGAGUCGGGCAAGGUGCAUAAGGUUAAUAAACGACAAAUUCGUAAAGCCGAAGUGGAUGAGCAUCGUCUGCAGGCUCGCAUGGUUAAGCCGCGUCACCGGAAUCUCUUCCGCAAAUUGAUACGGGAGAAGCAAACAAAAGAAAAGGAGGAAUGGUUACUACGCAAAAAGCGUCGCAACAUCGACGCCGAUGCAAAGGAAGCAAAGAAAACAGCCAAACGGGAGGCAAAAAAGGCGGCUGCUGAAGCUGCUGCCAAAGCCUUAAAGAUGGCUUAAUUUAAUCUAAACUUGUGUCUUGAUUUAGCUUAAGUAUUUCCUCCUCCCCUCAAACCCUCCUCCUAUCCAAAUAAAACUAAAAAGCAUAGAACGGAAUAUGAAUCCAACAGAAAAAUAAAAUGUAACUAAACAAUUUUGCACCGUA